AUGCAUCUAUCAGCUCUUUGGGCGCUCGCGGCGUUCACUGCUGUAUCAACAACAGCACCCUCCCAAGCUGAUCCCUGGGACGUCCUUGCAGCGAAGUCUCUGACAAAGCAAGUUAACUACCAUAACUCAGAUCCAAAUGGCGGAAGCAACUGUAACCCUCGAACGGCGAAUGUUAGGCGCGAAUGGGGCUCUCUGAGCAAGAAGGAAAGAAAAAACUACAUCGAUGCAGCAUUGUGUCUGGCUUCUAAGGCAUCGAGGUCUCCUCGUUCAUUUGCCCCCGGUGCACGAAACCGACAUGAUGACUUCGUUGCCACGCACAUUAACCAGACGUGGUACAUUCACGGGACGGGCAAUUUCCUCACCUGGCACCGUUAUUUCACUUGGGCUUACGAACAAGCUCUGCGCAAUGAAUGCGGUUACAAGGGCUUUCAGCCCUACUGGGCGUGGAAUAAAUACGCCGACGAUCCGCUGAGUUCUCCGCUAUUCGAUGGCUCUCCGUACAGCAUAUCUGGGAAUGGAGCAUAUAUCCCGCAUAAUGAUAGCGAGAUCGCUCCCGGGGUGUUUAUCCCGUCCGGAAGCGGUGGAGGGUGUGUUGACAAGGGUCCUUUCAAGGACUGGGUCGUAAACCUUGGUCCUGUCUGGUCCAGUCUGAAAGUACCUGGAGUCGAGCCACAGAACGGGUCCGGACUGAACUAUAACCCUCGGUGUCUCCGCCGUGACAUUAAUGUCAAAGCCGCAGAAUGGACAAAAACCGACAUUGUGAUGGACCUCUUCAAAGAAAAGGACAUUUGGGGUUUCGAGACUCUCAUGCAAGGCAUGGUCGCUACCCCCGGUUACCUGGGUGUCCACUCAGGAGGACAUUUUACCGUUGGUGGUGAUCCUGGCGGAGACUUCUAUACCUCACCCGGCGACCCUGCAUUCUUCCUCCACCACGCCGCUAUCGAUCGGCUCUUCUGGACUUGGCAGAACCAAGACCCUGCGAAGCGCACAUACCAGGUUAACGGAGCUACCGGGUUUCAGACGUCAGAUGGUGUGUCUAUCAAUGCUACUCUAGAUGAUGUGGUAGAUAUGGGAAGCUUUUUGGCGCCGCCCAAGACCCUGAGACAGCUCUCAGAUACUACGGGGGGUCCGUUCUGCUACAUUUAUACCUAG